AAAACCAGGCACUGACAGGCUGUUCGCCGCACUCCCAUUGCACCAGCCAUCCCGAAUCAAACCCCGCUACUUCCCUCAACGAUCAGCGGCUGGGGUUCGCUUCCAGCGGGGGCGCCGGUCAAGAUCGACAGCUUUGCUUGCUGUGCGAUCUCCGCCGCUCUGCUCUGCUCUGCCGCAGCAGACAACGGGAGGGCCAGUCUCGAACCGGGAUCAAACCUGGAAAAAAAAGUAUUCUCUUCCACAGUCCGUUACAUUAAAACAAUCACAACUGUUACAAGCGGAUGUGUUAUUGUGAGAAUCGUCUACAGCCGCCCCACCCCGUCCCCGCAGUUGGAGGCCGGGACCCCAGGUCCAGGUAGCGACACCCCGGGGCAGGUGAACAGGUGAGAGGCAGGUGCGAAGCUCAGGCUCCGGAGCGGAUGCCGGCCGGUUCCCCCAGUCAGGGCGAGGCAGCCGGGGCAAGACUCCAAGCAUCUUCGGACGGACACGGCGCCGGGAGAAGCAGAGAUGAAAUCUAACGGGUCGGCCUGCGCUCCGCCAUCUGCAGCGGAGCUGGACGCCGGCGAGAGUUGCGAGGCGGGUCUGGGCGGCGCUGACAGGGCGGAGAGCUGCGUCCGCCAGAGGAUGGCCGCUAACGCCCGCGAAAGGAGACGCAUGCAGGGACUCAACACCGCCUUCGACCAGCUCCGCAAAGUGGUGCCACAGUGGGGCCAGGACAAGAAACUUUCCAAAUACGAGACACUGCAGAUGGCCCUGAGCUACAUCAUGGCCCUGACCCGAAUAUUGACCGAGGCCGAGCGCCACGGCGGCGACAGGAGCUGGAUUCACAUCCAGUACGAGCACGUACAGGGGAGCGAGGACAUGCAGACUUACGCGGAACAGCAGGCAUUGGAGAAGAAGAACUGUUAUACGGACAGCAUCUUCCCCUUCAACCACGACACUUACCCGAUAGUCAAUUAAAUUGCCAGUGGCAGAGGAAGGCUCGUACAAACCUUGAACAGAAACUGGCGAUGCUUCAGUUUAAAUGCACCAGUCCUGCUGGCGAUUGUAUGAAUUUAGACAAGUUUUGUAGUAGUGAGAUUUGAUUCGCUGUGAUAUAUGUAAAUAGCAUACAAAAUACGUUGCUGAACUUAUCACGUUGCUACAACGUUUCCAAUACACUGGUUUCAUAUGUACAUACAUUUUACUGAAGCAGUUCCCUGUAAAAUUAGGAACACAAUUCGACGUUUGCAUGCAAAUAAUGACUUUUAGAGUAGAAAUUGUUAAAGGUUUUAUAAAAGGCUUUAUAUGGUUUUUUUUUAAAGUUCUGAUUGCUAUAUGUUUGAAUGACUGGGUUGAAAUUAAUCUUUCUGCUUGAGAUCAGACUUUGAAAUACAUUCUAUGUAAUUCUUGUUGCUUUCUUGGAUGUGAUUAAAUAUUUAAACCGAUAAA